AUGUUGAUAUGGUUGGUGGUGAAGAAGAAUGUGCUGGUGAAGAAGAAUGUGGUGGCGAUCAUUGGGAUGAAGAGGUCGAUAGUGACGGUGAUUCCGAUGUGGACGAUGUACCUGAUGAUAUUGACGAUGAAGAUGUCAACAACGAUGAAGGCAUUAACGCUUCUUCGGUCGGGGAGCAAAUGCGACAUAUUUUGGUACACAAUAAUCCUGGGCCACACAUGUCGCUCAUAGACCCCGACGCAGCGCAUGUAGCUGAGUUUCCGGAGUACCUUGAAAUAGUUCAUUCUCACGGGCUGGCCGUAACAUCUAAUGAUGAGGAGUUAUUUAUAGGCCAGAGAUUCAGGUGUAAAGAAGAGUGCAUAUAUGCCAUUAAACGGUACAGCAUGAAGAUAUCGGUGGAUUAUAAAGUCUCUGUGUUUACUCCGACAAUAUAUGUUGGGGAGUGUUGGAAGGCAGCGGAAGGCUGUAAUUGGUGAGUACGAGCUGCAUUCAUUAGAAGUUCUCAGAUGUGGGAGAUACGAAAAUUUGUUAGUCUUCAUACAUGCACAUCAACACGUAUGACAGAAGAUCAUGGAAAACUUGAUUCGAAAACUAUCUGUACGUGUAUCAUGCCAAUGGUUAAGGACAUGCCGACCAUUAAAGUUUCGGUACUGAUUGAUGAAAUGCAAGCACGAUUCCAGUAUCAACUCUCAUAUCGGAAGACAUGGAUAGCUAAACAGAUGGCGAUGAAGCAACUGUAUGGGGAUUACGAUUCGUUGUAUAACGAGCUUCAAGGUUGGAUAGCUACUAUGCGGGAGUACAUACCGAGGACUGUGAUUGAGUUGCAUACAAGGCCAUAUUACGGCCUGGAUGACCAGUUACAGCCGACAAAAAAGAUUUUCCAUCGGAUGUUCUGGACGUUCGAUCCAUGUGUGCUGGCAUUUCCCCACUGCAAGCCACUUGUGCAGGUGGAUGGGACCUAGCUGUAUGGAAAAUAUACACAGAUCCUACUUAUUACAGUUACUCAAGACGGUAACAGAAACGUGCUCCCGAUAGUAUUUGCUAUCGUAGAUAAAGAGAACAUGGAGUCUUGGGAAUUCUUCUUCACAAAUCUGCAGAGGUAUGUUAUUAGGAACGAUAACAUUUGCAUCAUCUCCGAUAGAGGGAAGGGUUUAAUUGCAGCUAUUAGGCGUUCCGGUGUGCCAUGGAGAUCCGUUUACUGUAUCCGUCACAUUGCAGCUAACUUUCACAAAGAUUAUAAGAAUGCAGAGUGAAAGUGACAAGUCGUGCCAAUGGCGUACGAGUUAGAGCCACAUAUUUUUCGGCAAAGAAUGAUCCGACUUGAAAGUGACAUGGAGGGGCAGACAAACACAUCUUUCCGACAAUGGUUGGGCACAAUGGAGCCGUGGUAGUGGGCUCAAAGUUUUGACGAGGGCUUUCGUUAUGGCCAUAUGACCACAAACUUAGUCGAGGGGAUCAACGCUGUCUUGUUAAAAACACGUCAUCUUCCGAUUGCAUCGGUAUUUUCUGCUACUUUCUACAGGCUGGCUACUUUGAUGCCAAGGAUUGGUCAGCAGCAAGUCGACCAGAUGGAGGCGGGACACGUGUUUGUCGAACAUGUCAGGGAUGCAAUGGUCGCAAACCGUCAGUUGGCGAGGUCAAUGAACGUGGAAAUAUAUUCACGACGACUGGAAACGUUUCGAGUUACUAAGACCAUUAAUCGUCGACCUGGUAUACCAAUUAGGUCCUACGAAGUUGAUCUCCGAAACAGACGGUGCGAGUGCAGGAGGUUCAAAACACAUCAUUAUCCCUGCGCGCAUGUCGUGGCAGCGUGUGCUAAAGUGAACUUUGAUGCUGAAUAAUAUGUCGAUGAUGUGUACGCGCUGGAGCACAUAUUGCGUGUCUGGGAGAAUGAGUUCCCCGUCCUGCCUGACCUAUCUACGUGGGAGGUGCCGCCGAUGACUUUCGAGCUUCUCCCAGACAGAGGGUUACGGAGGAAUCCAAUGGGUCGUCCGCAGUCAAGCAGAAUCCAUAAUGAGAUGGACAUUAGGGAGAAAUCUGACAGAAAGCGUUGUGGAAUAUGUAGGUUAAGUGGUCAUAGUCGGAAUAAAUGCCCUAACCGAAACUUUAAUGUUGGACAGUCGUCCAGAUCGGGUUGGA